UUUGAUGUUUGAGUGAUCCUUUGAGGGUGCCUGGUAUCCAGAUGUGUACUUUGAAACCUUUAUUAUGAAUCAUGGAGGAGAAGAGUUCAUUUCUGACUCGUCAGGACAAUGACAGCACAAACAUUUGGGCACCGAUGCCAACAGCUCCCAGCAGACAGCUGGGUACCCUUCCCAACCCCCAAACACGCUUCAAGGACCUGACAGGGAUAUUUUUCAUGGUGACCCUGAAUGCUCUGGCACUUCUGGCCAACACUGCUGUUCUAGUUGUUGUCAUAAAAGCCCCUCAUCUUAGGAAAUUUGCCUUUGUUUGCCACCUGUGUGCAGUGGACCUGCUGUGUGCCAUCUUGCUCAUGCCUCUUGGGAUUGUGUCAAGCUCUCCGUACUUUCCUAGUGUGGUGUUUACUGUGCUGGAGUGUCAGGUCUACAUCUUCCUCAAUGUAAUCCUCAUAGCUGCCUCUAUUUUCACCAUCACAGCCAUCAGUGUGGAACGUUACUACUACAUUGUCCACCCAAUGCACUAUGAAGUCAAGAUGACACUGAAGCUGACUGCAGCUGUCGUGGUACUGGUAUGGGUGGCCUCUGCUCUGCUGGGCUUGUCCAACGUGUUUGGGUAUCCACCCUAUGGCAGCCUGCGCACCAUCAGUGCUGCGCAUUGCUCAAUAUGUUGGAGCCACAGCGAGCACAGGCCGGUCUUCUAUGUGCUCUUUAGUGUCACAUGUUUCUGCCUGCCUGCUGUAGUGAUUUUCACCGUCUAUUGUAAUGUGUACAAGGUGGCUCGUGUGGCCGCUCGCCAGCAUGGACCUCUGCCCUUGUGGGCAAACAGCCAACUGAAACACCGCUCUGACUCAAUAAACAGCCAGACUACCAUCAUCACAACCCACAGUGCCCCACGCAGGAUUAUGCACAAUCGGCUUUUUGGUGGUAGUAAGGCCGCUCUCACUCUGCUUGUUAUUGUUGGUGAGUUCCUGAUCUGCUGGCUGCCUUACUUUGCCUUCCAUCUCCACCUGACACUAGAUACAACACCCAGAAUCCCUGAUGACCUGGAGGAUGUGGUCACCUGGCUGGCAUAUUCCUCCUUUGCUAUAAACCCAUUCUUUUAUGGGCUUCUUAACAGGCAAAUCAGGGAAGAGCUUUGGAAGCUGAGGCGUUGCUACUUGGCCCGGCCAGUAGAGCUGGGUGUCUCCAGCCAUGAGGGCUUAGGCCAUGAGAACUUCCUGCAGUUCCUCCACAGGACCAGCUGCACGUUAGAGACAUGUGCAAGCUUUGCCACAUCGAGUCCUAGAAGCACUCUGGAUCAAAGUGGGCAGACUGGCUUCAGGUUACCCGGGCAGAUUCCAGAAGAGUUCAGUUAAAUACCUCACUGUUGCGCCACAGCAUUAAUAACCUGGAGACUCUAAAUCCACGGGGAUUCACAGUACUUCAUGAAUGUCUACAAUGUCUGUAAUCUGUAUACAGUAAAAUAUAGCUUCAAGAAAUGAACACUUACUUUCUUGUCUUUGAAAGCUGAAACUCUUUUAUACUGUGUUUUAUACCUUUUACCCUCAGAAACAAAUACUGGAACACAAAGCUCAUGGUCAUUUUAAAUUAUUGUUACUGAAUCUCUAGUAAAACUAGAUGUUAUAUAGUUACUAAUCCUACUUAAAAAUGUUUUUCUGGUGACUAAGGAAAUGUUACUAUUUAUCUGCAAUAAGUAGAUCUAUUUUAUUAAAAGCAAUGAACGCAGGUAUCACAUUAUACUUGAACAGUAUGUCAUGACAAUAUAUUCAUUUAAAAGGUCUAUUUCUCAUAAAUAAGAUGCUGAGGGUGAGACUGAGCAGAAAUGUAUUCUUACAGUACAAAUAGAGCAGCAAUAUUCUUUAUACAAUUAAAAUAUUACACAGUUGAAUGUUGUGUGUUGUAGGAAUUUCUGCAAACUUUAUUUAUUGUAUUCCAAGAAGAAAUCACUUUUUAUUCAAGAAUUUGUUGUUUCUUAUGGCUUCAAAUGUGUAAAUAAACACUGAUCAUUACUUAGACCGCAGUAACCUUAGUGCACAUCACCAGCAGGCAAUAUAUACACCUUUUAUUAGCACAUUGCGACUUAGAUGUGAGUGGCAUUCAAUCAAAACUGAAGGAACAGGCUGUCUUGUGAGCAUGAGAUCAAUAGCCAGACUCCCCAGUACAAGUUCAUCCUUGAGGUCACUAACUGUAGGUUCCUUCAGAUGAAUUUGCCAGCUAUAUACUUCAAAAUGUAGGGGUGAACUUACAAUAUAACACUAAAAGGAGU